UUGGUUUCAGUAUACCGUGACAGCCGCAAGAUUGAAAUUGACGAGAAUCAUGAUGGUCUCGAGAUCUUCCGGUUCCAAGGGAAGAUUCGUCGUUGGUGCGUUUCUUUUUGCCACACUGGUGGUGCUGAUUGGUCCUUCAAAAGCGGACGAAGUGCCAGCAUUUUUUCUGAAAAUCGCUAAGAACAUUCCCCGUGUUGGACGAAGCGACGGAUACGACGAUUUUUACAAAUCUCGACAGAAUAUUCCCCAAGUUUCAGGACACGACAGUGUACAGCCUGAGUCUUGGUAUCCUAAUAACGAGCCUUUCGCGAGACCCAUAAAGAGACGUGCGGAUUAUCCACAUCUCGAAGAUUCAUGGUCUUGGCAACAUUUUCCUCUUGCUAUAGAAGGACCCCGGGAGCUUUGGCGAACUUUGGCAGGAUACUCCAAGGACUCGUCAGACGACAUCGAUAAUGAAAUAUGGGAACGAAAGAAGAGGACGGGGAACGAGGCGAUGGCUUUACCAGAAAAUUAGCAUAAACGGGAUGGUGCGAUCCAUCUAUGGUGCCCAUGGAUAAUAAUACUUAAUACUUGUUGUUGGUGUAAGGUGUUGGGAAAAAUAUUGUGAAGAAUAAACAUGUAAAUAGUA